CGUCAGUCGACCCUGGACGCUCGAAGAGCAUUCAGCUGUUCAGCAGCACGUGGCUGCGUCUCCCUUUCUCUCAAUUUUAUAUAUAUACACAGAGAUUAAAACACACGCGACGUCGUUCAGGUUAGGUUCUUUCCAAUUCUCUAUCUCUCUUCGUACCACUAUAUAAAGAACCAGUUUCAAUAAGUUUUUGAAUCUUUCAAGAGUCCUUUGUGAAUCACGUGUGCUCCAUUAUCAUGCGAAGAACCGGCGUGUUCAGUAAAUUUAUUUUCUAGUCAAUUUUUAUUUUUAUUGUGAAACUCUCCAACAGUGACAGGAUUGUUUUGUCUAGCAAAAAUCAAAAAAUUGAAAUAGUGAAAUUUUGUGUCAGUGUGAGAAUCUUUCUUUAUUUUGAGGAUAAUUCUUUUUCAAAGUUUCUUUUGGAAAAGAAGAAAAAUGGGGGUGUCUGGAGAGUGCGCGAUUAAGGGUGCUGGCAGUAAAAGCCAUCCCUGUCAUUGCUGUGGACAUGCAGCAAAUGCAAGUACAAGUGUUUCUUUGCAUCAUAAUCAUCAUCAGCAUCAUCAUUCACAUGCAGUACAGCAUCACAAUCAUCAUUCGCAUCAUCAAACGAAACAUCAAGUUGAACCACAACAGAAUAGUACUAGUGAUACCAAAAUUCUUGCACCAUUGCGCAGUAAAAUGAGGGUGCUCAAGAAACUCAAACGAAAAAUGGGCCUAGCUCCUAGAUCAUCGAGUGCAGGUACAAACAACCUGCCGCCCCUGACGUUCCAUCAGGUGCAUGGUGAUAACAUUAGAUUGUGGAAUGGAGGUACUGUCGCCAGAAGGCACGAGAGCUUUUGCAAAGGUGUCACCUUCAGCGCGAGGCCAGUGCGAAUUGGCGAGAAGGUAUGCGUGAAAUUCUUGGCAAUAUCAAACAACUGGAGUGGCGUGAUACGUUUUGGAUUCACGAGCAACGAUCCCAUUAAUCUUCGUAAUGCACUGCCAAAAUAUGCGUGUCCUGAUUUGACAAAUAAGCCGGGCUAUUGGGCGAAGGCAUUGGCCGAAAGAUUCGCCGAGAGGGAUUCAGUUUUAUUCUAUUAUGUAACAUCGGCUGGCGAUGUUCAUUUUGGCGUUAAUGGCGAGGAGAAGGGAGUUUUCUUCAGUGGCGUUGAGACCCGUGGACCACUAUGGGCAAUUAUUGACGUCUAUGGAAAUAGUACGGAAAUUGAAUUUGUCGAUCCAAAUCGUCAGCAUUUUAAUAAUAUUAAAAAAGGUGCCGAACAUAGCAACGAGGAUAAUGCACAGCACAGUAGGCACUCGGCAAUGGACGACGUCAGCAAUACAAGACGCGACGUCGAGAGGAUCAUCGUACCGUCCAUGCAAAACGUGUCCAUCCAUCAUGAUCUCGACGUCGAUCUACCUGGCCUGAGGUUUCAACCUUCCGGCGUUCUCUUCACUCCACUACCAUUCCAUCCAACUCGAGGUAGAAAUGUCCACUUCACGAAUCAGCAGUGUGUGGCAACGAGGGACGACGCGGAAUUCUGCCACGGCUACGCGUUCACAAGUCGACCACUCUUCCUGGGCGAGAGACUCGUGGUCCAAAUUCUGGCCACCGAACCAAUGUACGUAGGAGCGCUCGCUCUCGGUUUCACGUCCUGCGAUCCAUCGAGAUUGACAUUCGCCGAUUUGCCGGACGACAGCGAUCUCCUCCUCGAUCGACCCGAGUACUGGGUGGUCUCCAAGGACGUCGCCUCCAGCCCUCAGCCAGGCGACGAAAUCGCCUUCACCGUCACCCACUACGGCGAGGUGCAAAUGAGCAAAAACGGCGGACCACCCAACGUUGUGAUGCACGUCGAUCAGAGUCUCCAACUCUGGGCCUUCGUCGACGUCUACGGCAGCACACAACGAGUCAGAAUGCUCGCUAGCAGACCAAAUUCCCCCCCGAGGACCCGACAAUGCAUCCCCUCACCCGGUGCUCCACAACAACAGCCGCAGCAACAACAACAGCAACAACACACGAAUCACAGUAACGCCGCCACCGAACUCUCACGAUUCUCCGAAAUGGUUCAAUUCAAACCAGCAGUCGGCGGUGGUACCGUCCUCGUCGUCAAUCUCCCCCCUCAGGGCAAUUAUCCAACACCCUCACAAACACCCCAACCGAUCUACUCAUCGUCGUCAUCAUCAUCGCACAGAAAUCCACCGCCAGUUCCCUCGCAAACUGCCGCCUCCUCCGCCGCCAAUUCACAUCCAGGAUCCUCGAGACAAACCUCGCCACCAUUGACCGGCACAAUGACGUCAACUGGCUCGUCGACCUAUGUCGAUCCUGUCUCCUAUCAGAGUCUCGACGGUACACUGUCCUCAUCACAUUUGCAACAGUGGAGCGAGGGCCUACAGCCAACACCGGGACAGCCGAGCGAAUGCUCCAUUUGUUACGAGCGUAAUAUCGACAGUGUACUCUACAUGUGCGGUCACAUGUGCAUGUGUUACACGUGCGCGAUACAACAAUGGCGAGGCAAAGGCGGCGGUCACUGUCCCCUAUGUCGAGCGCCCAUCAGAGACGUUAUUCGAAUAUACAGAUCCUGAACCGAAUUCAAACCCAGGAGCCGAUCAAAUUCAAGAUGUCGAGGUCCCGUUCCUCUUUCCCUUUCAUUAGGCACCUCAUGGUCCACCUAGUCUCGAAUAUUUCGUUGUUUUUUCCCCCCACCGGCAACUCGAACUCUUUGAGCAAAAAAAAAAAAAGAAAACUGAAUCAUUUUUUUUCACCAUGAAUUUUUUUUGAA